AUGGCCGCUCCAACGCAGUUUGCCUUCCGUACGCUGAAGGGAAUUGGAAUUGUCGACGCUGCUCCUGUCUACGAGCCUUUGCCAGGGUUUACGAGACCUGAGGGGAACCUCCGCUGCUGCUCUUAUUCACCAUGCGGUCGAUACUUCGCCUGGGCGUCCCCGGAACGAGUCACUAUCGUGGAUCCAUCCGUCGGCCACGUCAUCACGACUCUUCCUGCAGAAAACGUAUACGAGCUGGGCUUUUCGCCUCUUGGGACAUACGCCAUCACCUGGCAGCGUCCCGGCAAGGACGAGAAUGGUGACGCUGUCAAGAACCUCAAGGUGUGGCGCGUCAUUGAAGGAUCUCCGGAGAGUGACGAGCAUGCGAUCGUGGGUCGCUUUGUCCAGAAGUCGCAGACGGGCUGGAAUCUGCAGUACACGGCUGAUGAGAAGUUUUGCGCCCGUGUCGUCACCAACGAGAUCCAGUUCUUCCAGAGCAACGAUCUUUCGAAUGUGUGGAAUAAGUUGCGGGUGGAGGGUGUAGUGGAUUUCGCAUUGUCGCCUGGAAAGAGCCACUCGAUUGCUGUGUUUGUGCCUGAACGCAAGGGUCAACCCGCUGCGGUUAAGGUGUUCAGUGUCCCUCAGUUCGGUGCUCCCGUGUCCCAGAAGAACUUCUUCAAGGGCGACAAGGUGCAGCUGAAGUGGAACAACUCAGGUACAACUUUGAUUGUUCUUGCGCAGACCGAGGUCGACAAGACCGGCAAGAGUUACUACGGCGAAACUACUCUCUAUCUGCUUAGUGCCACUGGCGCCUUUGACUCGAGGGUCGAUCUUGACAAGGAAGGCCCUAUUCACGAUGUCGCCUGGUCCCCCAACUCGAAAGAGUUUGGUGUGGUCUAUGGUUACAUGCCUGCGAAGACGACGAUUUUCAACUUCCGUGGAAAGCCUGUCCAGAACUUCCCUCUCGCCCCUCGAAACACCAUCCUGUUUUCUCCUCAUGGCCGCUUUGUCCUCGUUGCCGGUUUUGGUAACUUGGCUGGACAGACGGAUAUCUAUGACGUGGAGAAGGAUUACCGAAAGGUCGCGACUAUUGAGGCCUCGAACGCCAGUGUGUGCGAAUGGUCUCCCGAUGGAAAGUACAUCCUUACGGCCACUACCAGCCCACGUCUGAGAGUCGACAACGGAGUACGGAUCUGGCACGUCGGUGGUGGUUUGAUGUACAAUGAGGACAUGAAUGAGCUUUACGAGGUCUGCUGGAGGCCGCAGUCUACCAUCCAGCACCCGCUGGUUGGUGAUCCUCUCAACCCCGUUCCUACGCCUCACGCAUCUGCUUUGGCAUACCUCAGCACCAGAAAGGCUCCCACCAAGCCUGCUGGUGCCUAUCGUCCUCCGGGAGCCCGUGGCCAGGGUACUCCUCUGGCAUUCAAGAGAGAGGACGAGGGUGGAGCUGCCUACGUGCGAGACGGUGCGCCCACCUUUGGUGGUGUUGGCGCCAAUGGGUUUGGCAAGCCUCGCAGACGGGAGGUGCCCGGCGCUGAGCCGGUCGAGUUCCUGCCGCCCGGAGCCGCUCCAGGCGGUGGUGUGACUCUGCCCCCCGGUGCUGAGGAGAAGCCUCUUUCGAAGACUGCUGCUAAGAACAAGAAGAAGCGCGAAGCCAAGAAGUUGAAGGAGGAGGCCGAAGGCGCGACGGAGCAGCUCGCGCCACCCAAUGGCCAGCAUGCGUCCGUCAGUCCUGAUCGCCGGAGCCACUCACGUAGCCGUUCCAAUGCUAAAGGUCGUGACCGCAAGAACAGCACUGUUAACGGUGCGCCAACAGGACCGUCUAAGCAGAAUGCUAAGGCUAACGGUGCUGCAGCGCCUGCUCCUGCUCCUCCGGCGGAGGCAGAAUCUCCCACGACGCCAGGGGGCGGCAAUGGCACUCCCCAGGAGAAGAAGAUUCGCGGUCUUCUGAAGAAGAUCCGCGCUAUCGACGAUCUGAAGAUGCGUCUGGCUGGGGGCGAGAAGCUCGAGGAUACUCAGAUGAAGAAGAUCCGCACAGAGGAUUCAGUCCGCAAGGAGCUGGAAUCGCUUGGAUACAACGGUUGA